CGUCUUUCCCUCCUCGUCGCCGUCGUCUGGUUUUGUAUAUACAAAAGCAGAGGCGGGGCGCCUCCACCUCCAUCCCCUCGAGACCCGACCAGCCAGCAUACCACACACGAACCACCAGCCAUGGACGCCAACUGGGGCGUCGGCGUUGGCGUUGACCUGAACGCCCCGCCGCCCACCGGCGGCGAGGACUGGCGCGCCCAGCUCCUGCCCGAGGCGCGCAGCAGGGUCGUCAACAAGAUAAUGGAAUGUCUGAAGAAGCAUCUGCCGGUAUCUGUGCCAGAGGGACUGAACGAACUUCAAAUCAUCGCUGUGCGGUUCGAAGACAAGAUUUAUACUGCAGCGACCAGCCAGUCUGAUUAUUUGCGGAAGAUCUCUCUGAAAAUGCUAUCUAUGGAGACGAAGACACAGCAGGCUCCUGGAAAUGCUCAAGUGAUUCCAAAUCAAAUGAACCUCGGUCAAGCAUCAUGUUUAAGAAUGCCCGACGGAACCCCCUGGCGGCCCACCCAAGGUUCAGACCCCGCUGCAGUCGCUGCUGCCGUCGCCGCUGCCGCUGCCGCCACCGGCGUUGAUCCGAACGCCCCGGCCCCCACCGGAGGCGAUUGGCGCCCCCAGCUUCAGCCUGAGGCGCGCAGCAGGAUCGUCAAUAAGAUAAUGGAAUGUCUGAAGAAGCAUCUGCCAGUAUCAGGGCCAGAGGGUCUGAACGAACUUGAAAAAAUCGCUGUGGGAUUCGAAGAGAAGAUCUAUGCUGCAGCGACCAGCCAGUCUGAUUAUUUGCGGAAGGUUUCUCUGAAAAUGCUAUCUAUGGAGACGAACACAUAACAAGCUCCUGGAAAUGCUCAAGUGAUUCGAAAUCAAAAUAACACCGGUCAAGAUGCAUAAGCUGACGAUUAAUGCGAUACUGAGUUCGCUAGCAAGUAUGAUGACUAGGUGUAUUCUCAGUUGGCUGUUCGUGUGGGGAUUGCGUCUCUCCAUUCUCGAGUGUGAUGUAUAUUUCCACUGCCAAAUGAGGAAGUUGUGCUUGUGCCCUUAGCGCCAUUGAGGUGCCAUGUACUCCCUCCGUAAACUAAUAUAAGAGUGUUUAGAUUACUACUUUAAUGAUCUAAACGCUCUUAUAUUAGUUUACAGAGGGAGUAAUAAGUUAGACGUUGUGUAAGACUAUUGUUGUUUAAUGUAUGGAAUUUCUGUAUCGACCGUGCUUCCUAGCUUUGAAUGAUCCUGGGGCUAGUGAGCCGACUAGAUAGGAAAGCGAGGCUGGAUUAACAAUUUGAAGCCGAUAAUGUUUAAACAGUGUAUGACUAGCUAACUAUGUACUUAUAUAUAUAUAUAUACAAACAAAGAUAUAAUUGUAAUGUC